CGUUGUCAUCUGUGAUGCCGUAGCGGGGUAUGGUAGCAGGGUGUCGUGUUAUGCCGGUUCGGGAGUUGUCGCGAUAGUAGAGAAAGUAUAGUAAAGAAUAAUUAUUUAGAAGUGAAGAAAGCUGUGGAAGUGAUGCUUGUGAUUGUUAAGAGAUUAAGGGGAAGUUGCAUCAGUGAAACAGUUUGGCUGUCAAACAUCACUGCGUGCAUUACGUAACAUCCCUUUUUUUAAAUUUAGUGUUGUUAUACAAUCGGACAUAACCCCUAAACUCCUGGGCUGCUCUCAUUUUAUGAUCCGAUACACUGCGUCAUGAAUGUUCUUAGUGUAGAAUAAUUGAUUUGUCGUAAAUAUAACAAACAUGUCUCGGGUGUGGAGUCAGGAUUUAUUGGGCGUCCUGCGCGGCUUGCAGAGCGUUAUCGUUGCGACCAGCAGACUCCAAGAAGCUGAAUGUAAACUAAUUUGGGAAAACUCCAGCGUAAAAGUUCUAACAGAAGAAGCAGUCAACACCUUAGGAAGAAACCUGGAUGCUUUAUCAAAAGCUGAUGCUCGGAAUGAAUUAUCAAAGGUGAUAUCUGAAACAAUUGAGAGGACAUCAAUGGUGUUUGAAGGUGUGAAAGGAUAUGCGAAAUAUUCUCAAGAGAUUUCUACACCAGCUCCACCGCUAGCAACUGCAGAAGAGUUAAGUGAACUGAAUCUCUAUGAUCCAAACAUCUUGCAGUUUGAUGAUGUUGCAACACAGUCCUCCAUUGCAGCAGGAAUACAUGACAAGAAGACAGUUUUAACUGAUAAGAAGGAAUAUCAGCAGCUGAGGCCAAUUGCCAGAGAUGAACAGGCUGUAACACCCUUACCUGCAGAAGAACUAUUGACAGGGGCUCGAGUGCCACCUGUCCGGAAAUCGCCUGCGCCAUUGGACAGAUUGCAGCCAGAAGACCUUGCGCAGCCUGUGCAGAUUGGGCAGCCGCCUCCGGUCGUGCCACCACCACCACCACCACCAGUGGCGGCUAAGGGAUCUGGCAUGCCACACCACGUGCGCAAGAGGCAGGAGCUCAGUGAGAUGGCCCGCGCUCGGCGUGUCCCCUCGUCUCGCGUGGGGCGGUUGGUGAGCUUUGGCAGUCUGGCGGCCGGCCUGGGAAUGGGGGCAGUGGCUGAGGUGACGCGCCGUACGCUGGGUGUCGGGGGCACGGACAGGGACAACAGGGGUGGGACGCUGGACAAUGUCCUGCUGUCAGAGGCCAAUGCCCAGAGGAUCGUCAACACACUGUGCAAAGUUAGAGGAGCAGCACUGAAGAUUGGCCAGAUCCUCAGCAUACAGGACAGCAACACUAUCAGUCCUGGCCUGCAGGCUGCAUUCGAGAGGGUGCGGCAGUCGGCAGAUUUCAUGCCCACGUGGCAAGUAGAGAGAGUUCUGUCACGGGAACUCGGGGCUGACUGGCGGUCUCGGCUGCAGGAAUUUGAAGAACGGCCAUUUGCUGCAGCGUCUAUCGGACAGGUUCACUUGGCUCGACUGCCAGAUGGGACAGAGGUUGCCAUGAAAAUACAGUAUCCCGGUGUGGCAGAGGGAAUAGAUUCGGACAUCAAUAACCUUGUUGGAGUUUUGAAGGUGUGGAACAUAUUCCCAGAAGGGUUCUUCAUUGACAAUGUAGUUGAAGUAGCAAAACGAGAGCUUGCAUGGGAGGUAGACUACAUUCGCGAGGCAGAAUGUACUCGAAAGUUCCACAAAUUACUGGCUCCAUACCCAGACUACUAUGUGCCUAAAAUAAUUGAUGAACUUAGUACUGCUAAGAUACUGACUUCUGAACUGGUAGAUGGAAUUCCAGUGGACAAGUGCUGCCAUAUGGAUCAGGAAACCCGCAACCACAUUUGUCAGCUCAUCAUGAAACUCUGUUUGCAUGAGUUGUUUACCUUCCGUUACAUGCAGACAGACCCCAACUGGUCAAAUUUCUUCUUCAACCCAAAUACCAACAAACUUGCUCUGUUGGACUUUGGUGCAUCUCGAGGGUACGACCGAGAGUUCAUGGACAAAUACAUCGAAGUGAUUCGAGGUGCAGCAGAUGCCGAUCGUGAGAAGGUUCUUUUGCUGUCUCGAGACAUGGGCUUCCUGACGGGCUACGAGUCAAAGGUGAUGGAAGAUGCUCAUGUCAAUGCUGUUAUGAUACUGGGUGAGGUGUUCAGAAGUAAAGAACCUUUUGACUUUGGAGCACAGGACACUACCCGUCGCAUCACAGAGCUGGUGCCGACAAUGUUGAAACACAGGCUGCGCCCACCACCAGAGCAAAUCUACUCUCUGCAUCGCAAGCUGUCAGGAGUUUUCCUUCUGUGUGCUAAACUACAGGCUCGUGUUGAGUGCCGUUCCAUGUUUGAGGAAGCUUAUUGGAAAUACACUCAUGGAGAUGUUGACCGUAUUGCAGCAUCUCAUGGAUAGAGAAGUGAAAAAUGAAGGGUGUCAUCGAAGCUUUAUAGUCCUUUGAUGUCAUAUAAGGUGUCUGGUGUGUUUAUAAUGUAUGAGGCUUUAGGUUGUGUGUAAAUUUUUCUCAGGCAACUGAAGCUGCCACAAAGCUUGAAGCUUUAUCUCAAUGUUGUGAAUAACCUGUUAAUGGUUUGGCUUUACCACAAAAUGAGAGCACUGUAAAUAAAGUCAGUUACAAAUAUA